AUGAUGUCUGGCUCUUCAACCAAAAGAAAAGAACUAAUACACGAUCUUCGAGAAACUAGUCUCAUCGGGGGAAAUGCAAUAUUAAAAAGGGAAGUCGUUGACAAAGCCGUACAAAGGCGGGAAAUGGUUGACAAAAGUAUACAAAGAGAGGAAAUGGUUGAUAAAGCAAUACAAUGCAGAGGAACCAUGGAUUUGGGAAGUGGUGACAAUUCGGAUAAUAUUUUUAGCAUUACCAAUAAUUAUGAAUCCAUGGGAGAUGGAUUUCAGAUUAGUUCACACGUUCAACAUUUACAUAAUCCUCCGACAGUGAGAAUAAAAACAAUUGAAAAUUCAAUGAGUCCGCCAUCGCCGACGUUUCAACCGCCACCGCCUCCACCACCGCCAUUAAAUAAAAUUAUUUCUUCAUCGACGGAAAGUAUUAAUAACAAACGGCCGAUAAAUGAUAAUAAUAAAACGGAUUUCGAAUACGCGUUCAGAGGUAAAGACAAUAACAAAUCAUCCGAAGGAGUUAAGGACUCCAUGUUGAUCGUCGUGGAAGAAGGAAAACAACCGAAUUUUAGAGCGAACGAAUCUAAUCCGACGGUUCCUUCACUUAAAGAACCUUCAAAAACGAGUACUUUAAGACUUUCGGAUAGACAAAGAUCAGGUACGAAUAAUAAUUAUUAA